UUUAUUCUUAAUUAUUAAUGAUGUCUUAUUAAAUCCGCUAUUAAUGCACAAAACCUAUAUGGAUUACAUUUCAUCGCGGCAGUCGUCACUCUUCUUGUGGUUGUUAGUCAGCUUCAUUUUGUGUGAGACACGAAUAUGUAAUGGAUUCGUGAUCAGCCCGAAACGCUGAUGAAUCGUUACACUGAUGGAGUUUUCACGGCCGAUUAUUGUUGAUGUGAAUGCUGAAUUUCGUUAGCUAUAUCUUACGUCUGUGGUAUAAGAAAAGAACACAUCAUGGGGAACUGCUUCAGCCGCUCAUCUCGUAGGUCCUCGCAAAAAGCCAUGACAAACCUGUCUGGCGAACCCAACCUAGGCCUAGGUUUGGGCCAGUUAGGAAUGGGACCAGGACAAGUGACAAUCACUCAUCAUCCACAAGCAACCGGUGGUCUGUCAUUUGCGCCACAGGAGACGCAAUCUCUUGUUCCUGUGCACGAUGCGAUAGGUCACGCACAGAUAAAUAGAAAUGGGAGCAUGAAUUCUGCGGUUAGCGUAGGCAACAACUCCGACCGGCCUGAGAUCGUACGCCAGCCGGGCAGCAAUCUGCGCAUUUAUGUUGCUCUGUAUGAUUACGAAGCAAGGACAGAUGAAGAUCUCAGCUUUAGGAAGGGCGAGAAUCUAGAAAUUCUGAAUGACACACAGGGCGACUGGUGGCUAGCGAGGUCAAAAUCUUCAAAGCGCGAAGGAUACAUACCAUCUAACUACGUGGCAAAACUUCGAAGCGUCGAGGCCGAAGACUGGUACUUUGGGAAGAUCAAGCGCGUCGAGGCAGAGAAACGCCUGCUCAUCCCCGGCAACGAACACGGAGCGUUCCUGAUCCGUGACAGCGAGAGCCGCCGCAACGACUACUCUCUCUCAGUGAGAGAUGGCGACACUGUCAAGCACUACAGAAUACGGCAGCUGGACGAGGGAGGGUUCUUCAUCGCUAGACGGACGACGUUCAGAGAUCUGCAGGAGCUGGUGGCUCACUACACAAAGGAUGCUGACGGUCUAUGCGUCAACCUUCGCAAGGCUUGCAUUCGGACGGAGACUCCUCAGACGGAGGGACUCUCGCACAAGCUCAUCGGCGAUCAGUGGGAGAUUGACCGCCGGUCACUGCGGUUCACACGCAAGCUCGGACAGGGUCAGUUCGGAGAGGUGUGGGAGGGACUGUGGAACAAUACAACACCAGUAGCGAUCAAGACCCUCAAGCCAGGCACGAUGGACCCGAAGGACUUCCUAGCCGAGGCGCAGAUCAUGAAGAAGCUGCGGCAUCCGAAGCUGAUCCAGCUGUACGCCGUGUGCACGCUAGAGGAGCCGAUCUACAUCAUCACAGAGCUGAUGAAGUACGGCAGCCUCCUCGAGUACCUGCAGACGGUGAGGGGCCGAGCGAUGAAGCUUCCCAACCUGAUCGACAUGGCUGCCCAGAUUGCUGCAGGAAUGGCGUACCUGGAGUCGCAGAAUUACAUUCACAGGGAUCUGGCAGCCAGAAAUAUCCUUGUUGGCGAAAGCAACAUUGUGAAGAUUGCCGACUUCGGUCUGGCUCGAUUAAUCAAGGAGGAUGAGUAUGAGGCGCGGGUCGGGGCGAGGUUCCCUAUCAAGUGGACGGCGCCCGAGGCAGCAAACUACAAUCGCUUUACGAUCAAGUCGGACGUAUGGUCGUUCGGUAUUCUGCUCACAGAACUGGUGACCUACGGCAGGAUACCUUACCCUGGAAUGACGAAUGCCGAGGUGCUCCACCAGGUGGAGCACGGCUACCGCAUGCCGGCGCCACCUGGCUGCCCGCACGCGCUCUACGAGAUCAUGCUCGACUGCUGGCGCAAGGAGGAGCUGGAGCGGCCGACGUUCGAGACGCUGCAGUGGAAGCUAGAGGACUUCUUCACGCUGGAGGGCAGCGAGUACAAGGAGGCAUCGGCCGCACACUGAGGCGGGCGGCGGCCAUGUUUACCGAGCACGGCUCGGGACGGCGGCCAUGUUUGCCAAGCGUCGCUCGGGACGGCGGCCAUGUUUACCGAGCACCGCUUGGGACAGCGGCCAUGUUUGCCAAGCGUCGCUCGGGAUGGUGGCCAUGUUUACCGAGUGUCGCUCGGGAUGGUGGCCAUGUUUAUCGUCUGUUGCACAAGGCAACAGUCGUGCAUGUUGCAUAGAAGCCCCUUGAUCGGUUCUUCUGUGGUAAUGCCGGUCGAUCGUUAAUGAAACGGAAGUUAUCAGCAGGCAUGUACAAUUUAACAUUCAUAGGCCCAUGCAGAGCUGUAUGCUUCUUUACGUACAUAUAUACGUAUAUAAGUAAAUGUGUGCGUGCUUGCGUGUGUCUGUCUGUUUGUCUGUAUAGAACAGAUCUGAAAUAGAUGACAAGAGCUGCUUCAGAUGCCGUCACGUGUGCGUGUGUGUACAGGCAGCCAGAGCAUUAAACUGACAGCUUGGUUUGAUUUGCAAUUGGCUUGCUUAGACUUGCACAUGAUGAGCAAUCAGCACAGUAGUAGUGUGUGGUUGCGAAUGUGUUAUGCGUGCAUAUGCACGUACGUGCGUGUGUGCGUACGUGCAUAUGCUACUGUCAGCGUGCGUUCCCCACGUUUAUGGCACUGCAUAUAUUGUGACGUCCGCAGACCACUUCCAUCACUGAAGACUCAGUGACCAAGCCUCGUUGUCGUUACCGUAGCAACCAUUAUACGUAAUGCCCAUUACGUAUUCGAAUGAAGGGCGUUUUAAGGACCUAUAGCGUCUGCUUUAUGUUUUAACAUAGGUCUGCGUCACAGGAGUGUUGUCGUUUUUUCUCCACAUUGCUAAAACCUAUCUUUUCUGCUAAAAUGCUAGUGAUGGCCACUACAAAAUCAUGUGUACAUUAGUCCCUAGGCUUUUAUCUAGUGUUGGUGUUUCCUGAGAUUACAUUCGUUCUCGGUCAGAAAUACGUAGAUCUGCCAUGCUUCUGGUGGUGACAUUAACAGUUAGUAGCUUCAUUCAAGUGUGCAAUUUUAUCCAAUAUCUUAUCUUUAUACAACGAUCUUAUCUCUAUGAAGCCAUGAUCAAGCUGAGUAAAAUUGUCAGCAUUUACUGUUUGUGUAUGUAAUUUUGUAUAUAGUAUUUUAGCCUAUUUUAGCUUGCGCUUGUAAUCCUGCUGUAUUAUACACUCUCUGGCCAAAAGAUCAUGAAUUCAGCAUGUUUGUGUUCGCAUUUUUGGCUUUGGUCUGUAGGUGUAGUUGUUCUUCUAAAGGUGGUGUGUACAUACAUGGUAUGACCUUGUCUCGCACUGGUUUGACAUACGUUUCACAACUAACGGUGGGUUGAUGGGCUUGCCACAUAGACCACUCUGCAUCAGUGUGAGUGACUUUACUUAGUUGUCGAUAACAUGAUUUUACGAAAGUGUGAAUCUCAAUUAGAAACUAUUUAUAUAUAUGCCGUUUUAAUAAUGUCUCUACUAGAAAUCAAUUGCGCUAGGAAUGUGAUCUUUGAUGCAUUAAUAUAUUUUACCCGGAACCCUUGUGUUAUGCAAUGUUGCAUCGUGUUUACAAUUUUGUUUGCGUUGCGUGUAGUCAGUCAACGUGCUGUGUAAGUCUGUUUAUAGUUGAUGAACAGUGGGUUGUGAAUAAACAGUGUUUCAUACAAAGCUAUAUAAACCACA